UUCCGAUGCAACUUUAGUUUGAACAUGGCGGUCUUUGAAAUCUUUUCUCAUGCUGAAUUACGCCGAUAUCGAAGUCACAUUUUCUCCAAAGCUACAGCUCUACAGGUUUUCAUUACUCUUUCAACAUACAUACUACCUUUUGUAGUAAUUUACCUAAACAAUGGUCUUUGGAUUGGUGAAGCUCGUUUCAGAGAUCAACCCAAAAUUGUGUUCAAAAAGGAACUGCUAUUUCUUUUAUAUACUACUGGUAGCACUCAGUCAUAUGUCACAUACAGUACUUUUGAAAAUUACAACAAAUUACAACAAGAUUCCCUAAGGAUUCCACUGAUAAAAUCAAUCGAAGAAGACGUAAAUGAGGAUGAGAAAUUGGAUAACUUACAGCUUACCCUUGAAGUGCCACUGUAUGAUUCAGAAAAUGUUGUUGCCAUUGAAAUGUUACUGUUUUUCCAUUAUGAAUUGCAUAAGCAUGGUUCAUUGUAUAUGAAUUCUAUGGCUUAUAUUCAUCAUUCAUCUGUAAUACCAGGUGCCAAAAUAGAUGUGUAUGGUACAUUGGAAACUGUGCAGAGAAUACCUCUUCACUAUAAAGGCAAUGAUAUACGAUUUAACACAUCCGUAAUUGAUUCUGACAGUGCAUUUGCCUCAGCUUAUGAUUUGUCUAAUAUUCUGAAGAAGUAUCAUGAAAGAAAUGUGACCACCAAAUUGAUAGAACCGUACUAUGUUUGGACCAUUGGACGUGGGGCCAAAAUGCCAUUUAUUAUUUCAGUGACCAUUAACUACCCACAGCAAGAAUUUAUUUAUACUCCAAGCUUACUGUACCAGCUAAAGUGGGGUUGGGUGCAGUAUGUAUCAUUGCUGAUUUUCUUCCUUGUAGUGGGUCAUAACCUAAAGGUGUUCAUCUUUAGCAACCAACUUGUGAAUACAAUCAUAACAAGGCCUUACAGAGAUACGGGGCUGAAACUUUCCUGAAGCUGUUCUUGGAUGACAUUUGUGUUGGUGUUCACCUUACAUGUACCAAGCUACUAUACUGACUAGUAUAGCCACUACAAAGAUAUCAGAAUUACACAACAACAAUGAAAACUUAUACAUAUAAUCACAACAUAAAUAUGCAGUUAUAUAAUUAAACUUUAUCACCAAUGCUAUGUGAAACAUAUUAAUUCUGAACCUAUUGUUGCAGCAAUAAGCAUCCAACUCACUCUCAGACAUACACCAAGGUUGCAAUGUAAACAAACAUUAUAUUUCCAAUUUUUCAUACCCGUUUUCUUAUUUCUAUAAAUUUUCUUUGAUUAAGAGUAUGACCCAAAACUUUAGAUCCUUUUUUUUUUUUUUUCAUUUCCCAUAUUUAUUUUCAAUCUACACAUUCUUUGAUUGUUAUUGUCUCGUUUCAUUUUUCUGCACUUCUUCCACCAUGUGUUUUAUUUGUCUAAAUUCAUAUGUUGUUCAUUUGUUUAUCUCUUUACCUUAUGAUAUGCCUCAUUUUACUUAUGCAUAUUUUUAUUGAUAUAUUGAGUGUGUUUAUACACAAAUUUGUACACCUGGGACAUUAUAAGAAAUCUUUAUUGUAAUUCAAAGGAGAUAACUACAUACUUUGUUGUGUGUAUUAGUUCUUCUUCCUUCUAAAUUCAAACUUUGCUGAUUGUAAUUUUGUCAUUUAUCCUUUUAAGAUGAAUGAUACAAUUAUUACUUUCAUGUUAGAGUUCAAAAUUACUCCCCUACAAAAUGAUAAUUUGUCUGUAUAUUCACUUAUUUAUAAAUUCAAACAUCACUUUUACUGCAUAACUAUUUAGCAAUGAUAAGUCAGCUUAAGAGAGGUUUUGACAAAAUACAUAGAUCUCAGUGACAAAAUUAAUAUAUUAAACCAAAGAAUACAUGUCAUAUAUUGAAAAUAUGGCUACAAGAAUUCCUUCUUUUGUUAGAGCUAGUUACAGUCAUAAUGAUGUUCAUCUCAUGCAUUUAUUUACUAAAAGAAUUGUGAGUCAAUGAAGAAGUUUGAAUACAGUCAUUCGACCUGUUAGAAAUAGUAGUCAAAUCUCAUAAAACAUAUCUCACUUACUUAAAAAAAAGAAGGUCAUAUUGGAUAAUGUCUUGGGUGCACAAUGUCUUAAAAAAUGACAGGAUGAUCUCAGCCAUAACGUGUUUGCUCAUAGGCAUCUUCAAUCAGAGUUACCUGGGAUCACAUAACUAAAACUGUAAAUGAAAAUAACAGUACCCUCUUUGAAGGCACAAAAGACCUAAGGGCAUAUUAGAAGCAACUUAAUUUCAUCAGUACAUAUUUUAAAAAAUGGAUUUAGUGCAUUAAAGUAUGCAAUAUAGGCCCAACUUUUCAUAAAGGACCCGGGAUAAUUUUGGUGGGCAUUGUUUUGGAAAAAGUACAUCAUAUAUGCUAUCAAAUAUGAUAUUUAUCCAUAAAUAAUAUUGAUAAAUACUAGAAACUCUAGUUUUCUUUCAAAUGUUUUGAAUAUUUUGUCACUCCAUUCAAUAUUUCAAAACAUAUUUAACCCUUUAGUAUUUAAACUGGCCAUGUACAGCCCAACUAUUCUGUCUGUUUUAUGUUCAAACUAGCCAGAUCUGGCCUCUCACAUCUACCCUACACUGUCAUUCUAAGAAUAAACAACCACACCAUUAAAAUCUCAAAAAGCUAUGACACAGUGCAUGAUUAAUUGAAAACAAUGUGAAUAAAUAGGCAUUACAUUUGACAGUAAUAGGAAUGCUAAAGAAUUAAUUGCAUUGUUUAUAAAUAAAAUUAAUUUUCUUUA